AUGGACGCCGAGUACCCUGCCUUCGAGCCCCCGCUCUGCAGCGAGCUCAAGCACCUGUGCAAGCGGCUCCAGGAGGCGUACCGGGAGCUCAAGGAGGACCUCACGCCUUUCCGAGAUGACCGCUACUACCGGCUGGCGCCCAUGCGGCUCUACACGCUCUCCAAGCAUCACUUCGUCCUGGUGUUCGUCGUCUUCUUCGUCUGCUUCGGCCUGACCAUCUUCGUUGGGAUCAGAGGACCCAAAGUGAUCCAGACUUCUGCAGCUAAUUUUUCACUAAAUAAUAGCAAAAAGCUAAAGCCAAUUCAAAUAUUUUCCAAACCUCUGUCUACAUAUAAUCAGCAGCUAUGGCUGACGUGUGUUGUCGAGUUGGAUCAAUCAAAAGAAACAUCUAUUCAGACAACCUUCACCAUGACUGUUAAGGUUGAUGGUGUGGCUCAGGACGGGACCACCAAGUUCAUCCAUAACAAAGUUCACAACCGGACGCGGACGCUCACGUGUGCAGAGAAAUGUGCAGAAAUCAUCGUGGCUCACCUCAGCUACCUGAAUUACACUAAGUAUACAGUGACGGUGGGAUUCGAACACCUGAAGCGGCCCGUCAAGGAUUUGAACUUCACCUGGAAGACUUACGACCCUGCAUUUUCCCAUUUGGAAAUCUGGUUCCGGUUCGUCUUUGUGGUGCUUACCUUCAUUGUCACUUGCCUGUUCGCGCACUCUCUCCGCAAAUUCUCCAUGCGAGACUGGGGCAUCGAGCAGAAGUGGAUGUCCAUCCUCUUGCCCCUGCUGCUGCUCUACAACGACCCGUUCUUCCCCCUGUCCUUCCUGGUGAACAGCUGGUUCCCGGGGAUGCUGGACGACCUGUUCCAGUCUGUGUUCCUGUGUGCCCUGCUGCUCUUCUGGCUGUGCGUGUACCACGGGAUCCGGGUCCAGGGAGAAAGGAAGUGUUUGACUUUCUAUUUGCCUAAAUUCUUCAUCGUUGGACUACUGUGGUUGGCUUCUGUUACCCUCGGAAUAUGGCAGACAGUCAACGAAUUACAUGAUCCAAUGUACCAGUAUCGAGUUGACACAGGAAAUUUUCAGGGAAUGAAGGUUUUCUUCAUGGUGGUGGCCGCCGUGUACAUCUUGUACCUUUUGUUCUUGAUCGUGCGGGCCUGCUCCGAGCUGGGUCACAUGCCUUACGUAGAUCUCAGGUUAAAAUUCUUGACUGUGUUGACUUUUGUCGUGCUCAUCAUCAGCAUCGUCAUCCUUUAUUUAAGGUUCGGAGCACAAGUAUUACAGGACAAUUUCGUAGCUGAACUGUCGACUCACUACCAGAAUUCAGCUGAAUUCUUGUCUUUCUACGGCUUGUUGAACUUUUACCUCUACACUUUGGCCUUUGUGUACUCGCCCUCGAAGAACGCCCUGUAUGAGUCGCAGCUGAAGGACAACCCCGCCUUCUCCAUGCUCAACGACUCGGAUGACGACGUGAUCUAUGGGAGUGACUAUGAAGAGAUGCCCCUGCAGAACGGCCAGGCCAUCCGGGCCCAGUACAAGGAGGGCUCCGAGAGCGACUGAGGCCCGGCCGCCCGCCCCUGCGAGUGCGCCCGGCCUGCCUUCCCCGGACGCGUCUGACGCGCAGAGACGCCCUGGCCCUCAUUCGUUUACACGUUUGAAAGGAAAACCAAAACUGAGGGCUAAUUUAAAUGUUGGGCCUAAAUUUACCGUCACACUGACAGCAUUUAUUUGGGAAGAGAGGCCCUGACAAAAAAUUUUAAGACAGCCAAAUAAUUUUUUCAGAGAUUCCAGAUGAUGAAAGACAAGCUGUUUUCAGUGUUAAGAAAUCAUUCCUGUUCUUAGUAGAGAGAAUUACGUGCUUUAAAAAAAAGUUUGCUGAUUUUGAGUUCCCGGAAGGCGUUUGUGAAUGUGGCCCGCAGCAUGGUGGCGUUCCCCCUUCUCGCUUCCUUUCUCCCCUGCCCCGUGGCACCAGUUGUUGACCCUUCAGAGGGAAGCCUGUUUCUGAGGCUGCCCCACGAGGGCGUUCCUUCCCCGCAGGCUGUUGAGGGGGCGAGGGAGGCUGGGUGGGCAGGUUUGAGGUGAAGACUGCCACCAAAGCAGAGCCAGGGUCUCGGGAGUUCUGAAGAGGGUUCGACAGGGUUCCUUAAGGAUUGACAGGUCGUCAGCUCCGGUUGACAGGGAAGGGUCUCACU